UUUCCUCAAAAAAAUCUAAAAAAACUAAUAACGGGACGCUUUACAAUUAUGAAAAUUGCUCAAACUAUUCAUUAAAAAGACAAAUUUGUCGAAUUCAAUGUCAAAAUGAGCACAUUUAGUGGAAAAAUCUCCCAUUUCCCACUCUUGUCAAUUGAUAGAUUCGAUGGAGAUCAUUUAAAAUCCGAAAUUUUCUUGUUAAGCCAUUGUCAUGAGGAUCACAUGAUUGGUCUCCGCAACCCCGAAUUCAAAGGUCCUCUUUACUUGAGUCCUGUUUCCGCUGUUUUUGUGCGUCAAAACUUCCCUCACAUCAGAAAUUUACAAGAAAUUACGAAUGGAAUCCCGGUUCACAUCAAAACUUCUGAAGGAGAAGUCGUUUUAACUGCCUUUCCAGCAAAUCAUUGUCCUGGCUCUGUGAUGUUUUUGUUGGAAAAUGACAGUAAACGGGUUUUAUACACGGGAGAUUUUCGUUUAAACCUGAAAGAAUUACAAAAAAUUAUUCCUUUUAACGAAUACAGAAACUCAAUCGACGAAAUUUAUUUGGAUUCAACUUUUUUACGAAAAAAUUACGAAAAUUUUCCGUCUCAAAAAGAAAGUUGUGAAGCAAUUGCGACUUUAAUCAAGGAAUGGACUUCUUUAGGUUCGAAUAAAAAAAUUUUACUUCACAUUUCCGCUCGUUACGGGUACGAAUGGAUGUUCAUUCAGCUCUUCAAACGACUAAAAAUGAAAAUUCUCGUAAAAACUUCCGAAUUUACGAGUUAUCGAUACAUUCCAGAACUGGAUGAGGCUAUAACUCACCUUUCAAACUCCGCACAAAUCCACGCUUGCAACAAAAACCUUAAAAACUGCGAUUGUAACGCUUUUUCACCUAAAGAUGAGGUUCGUACAAUUCGUGUUUCGGCGAUGAUUUGGCAAAAUUGGGAUCGUUCCAAGAGUUUUGUUCAAAAAGAUGAGAAAUUAAACGAAUUUUAUCGCGUUUGUUACUCAAAUCACGCAAGUUUAAGCGAAAUUCGGGAUUUAUUGAGGUUCUUGAGACCUAAAGAAGUCUUUUUGAAUGUCAUUCCAUUGGAUAAAGCUGAAUAUGAUAAAAUGACAGAAACUUUGAACAGUAUUAUGAAGGAAUUUCAAGCAAAAAAUGAGAAAAUAGGAGAUUUAGAGUUACCGUUGUCAUUUUCGAACAUCAGUAAAGUAGGAAAGAAAAGACUGGAAAUGGAAGAACAAAGACUGGCGAAGAUGAGAAAGCUUGAGAUUGAAAAAGUUGAUGAGAAUUGUGAUUUAUAACGAUAGAAAAUGUCGUUUUUUGGGAUUUUUUUCGACUGGGACCUAAAAUUAUUUAAAAUUUUGAUAUAAAUUAUUAUUUUUUGUUAAAUAUUUUUUAAAAAAUAAAUUAAAA